AUGACGGUCAUGCAGAUUUGUUCCGCGACCGAGUGUGAUGUGAUAGGACUUCAGGAGACCCGACGAGAGGGGCAAGGUUCAAUUGCACACGACGGGUACGUGAUCAUCUGGAGUGGCGCCCGUGCUGGCACCAAGGACAAGAGGGGCGUACACGGUGUGGGCAUAGCGAUCAAGGAGGCCAUGUGGGAGAGUGUGGGCGAGGAAGGUUGGACGGUGGAGUGCAUUAGCCAGAGGCUGAUGAAGGACUCCUUCUGGACUGCUUUCGAUGCAGCGAUCCGGGAAGUUCACAGCCGUGACCAUCUCGUGGUGCUAAUGGACGCCAACGCACGCACUGGUAGGAGGCGAGACGGGUGCUGCGAUGCCAAAAUUAUGGGCUCGUGCGGACGCGGCAUUAUGAACAACAACGGGGAACGACUCCUUGGACUGGCAUCAGACAACCAACUCUCCCUGACCGACACCUACUUCCGGACACCGAAAGGUGGAGUGCAGCACAUAUUCCAAAGCUCCAACAAGGGGAAGAAGUAUCGCCUCGACUUCAUCCUCAUGCGUCAGACGGACCGGCGUUUCGUGCGUAAUGUCUCCGUCAAACGUGUCGACUUCAAGGACUCUGACCACAACCUCGUGCUUACGACUCUUCGCCUCCCCCCCCGUGUCGCACCCAACCGACGAGUGCGGGGGAACAGCGGAAGCAGCCGGAUCCGUAUUGACCUCGAGCGGCGGCCAACGGGAGAGACCGCCGCCGAGCUGACGGCUACGGUGAUGUCGGCCGCUGCUGAAACCGCGCCGCUGGCGAGGCGCGCACGAGGGCAGAGAGGCUGGUACACGAGCGAAGCGCAGCACGAGAUCUCCGAAGCGUCUACAGAAAUUAAGGCGACCCAGCAGCAACUGCGUGGGGCCUCACAGAACAGCGCCUUCGAGGCGACCCUGAAGGCGAUGCUCAAGGCAUCGCGGAAGAAGCGCAGCAUCGCGAGGUGGAGAGCACUGGAAACGUUCUUAGAGGACUAUGUACGGCAGCUCGAGAAGAAGAACCGCGAAGGGGAUCAGGCGGGUUUCUACAGGCACCUGAAGAUGAUCGACGUCGAAGGAGGCGGAAGCGUCCGCGAAGCGCCAGCGCGCGAGGGAAGCAGAAGCAGAGAGUACGGCCAUCUCAGGACCAAAGAGAAAGAGAGCCGGGGAAGCGGCGGUGGGGGGGAAGAAGCGGCGACCGGGCACUGUUGUAGAAGCGAGUAGGGCGGCCGAGGCAGCACUUGUGGCAAACUAUGUACCCGGCUGAUGUUGUUGCGCCCUGUUUCCCUCCCUGCUGUAUGCUAUACUCCUUUAUGUAUGACCUUUGUAUUGCCUUCGGCCUUUGUGCUGUGUUUCUUUUUUGCAUGACCUCCCUGCCUACUCUGCUGUGUUGGGUACCUUGAUCUCGCUUUGCUGUUGCCUUUGUUUUUGUACGUCUUGCUGUCUGCCNUUGGGUACAUUGAUCUCGCUUUUGCUGUUGCUUUUGUUUUUGUAUGUCUGGCUGUCUGCCCAUCUGCCGCCUCUUUGUCCUGUUUGCUCCGUUACUCCCAUGCCCUGGUGCGUAGUGCCUGGUUUUGGUACGUUACCCUUUGAUUUUUUCUAUACGCGGGUGUGGGAAGAGUCCUCCUUUGUUUGUUUUUGUUUUAUUCUUAUCGGUUUCCGAGGGCUCUUUUCUCGAACGGUCGGUGCGGUACCCGUUCUUUUCUUUC